CAGGCUUUCAGUUUGAAGUCUUUUGCGAUGGCAGACAAGCAUAUCCGCAAGUCGGUGAUCUCUGACAUCUAUAAGAGAAACAUUGCGCGCCUGGCUGGUGCUAUGCCCAUUGCGGGACGGAACUAUUACGAGCGGAUUGGGAAUUUCUUCCAGACGGCGUCUGUCGAAGUCAUGGAAAACUAUGUGGAACGGUGUCUGUUCUGCUGAGCUUGAGACUACUAGUCAAUUGGUAUGGUUUUGUAGUGUUUGAAUGGGUUGCAUUUGUUUUCAAGAAAAAGGGUUUCUUUUCAAAACAAAAAUCCCCCCUUACGCUUCAGUGUCAAGACGGUCAAACUGAGUGACGAAUUGGGCAAGAAGCUCAAGUCUUUGGUUACCCCGACUCAUCGCCCAGGUCCUUAUACGCCAUCGCCGCAAAAGCCGCGGGCUUCCGCUUCUACAACAUCAACCAAUAAGAAACGUUACUGCUUCAAGUGGUUGCUCCUCAAGGGUACGCGCCCGGCUAAGUGUUCGAACGAGAAUUGUGCUUUUGGGCACUCGUUGCCUCCGACGAAGGAGGAAGCAGCAUCUCUGAAG